GCUGGGCCCCUCCGUUGAAGAAGGGAGAUGGGGUGCACGGGAAGGUGCAUCCCCCAUCCCUCCCGGGUGCCGCUCUCGCGUGCAGCGGGCCCGUCCCGGCGGCUGCGCGCAGCGGUCCCGCUCGGGGGCGGCAGUGGCGGCGCCCAGCGGGAGGGAUGGACGGAUCUCGCAGCUGCGCCGGGCCCGCCCCUGCGCUCAUGCACGGCCCUGCGUGCCGGGGCCCAGGCGCAGAGCCGCACUGCAGACCGGGCUGGGCACAGCAGCAGCGAUGCCGCAGGGCUGGGGGAACUGGGCCCCACCAUCGACGGGCAGCCGUGGACAGUGUGCACGCUGCAGGAGGGGGAGAGCCGUGCCUUCACCUGCCGGGUCCCCCAGCCAGUGCCCGGUGCCACACUGGCCUGGUACCUCAACGGCCAGAGGCAGGAAGCCAACCUCUCAGCUGCAGGCACUGCCAGCACCCUCACCCUCACUGCCCGGCGCUCCGACCAUCAACUCAACUGCUCCCUGACCGACCCAGCCUCAGAGGAGACCUACAAUGCCUCUGUCCUCCUCAACGUGCAGUAUAAGCCGGAGAUCCUGAGGGCAGGUGCCCACUACCAGGAGGUCGAGGGUUCUGGCCUCCUCCUGGUGCUCUUUGUGCUGGUGCAAGCCAACCCACCUGCCAGCAUCACCUGGGUGGACCAGGAUGGCCAUGUGAUGGCCAAUGCCUCUGAGUUCCUCCUCCUGGGUGCCACACACUACCCAGGGCUGGCCAACCACUCGCUCCACAUCCAUCUCAGCAGCGUGGCUGGGAACUUCUCUGUCAGCGCUGCCAACAGCGUGGGCAUCACCACCACCUCGCUCCUACCCACAGGUCUGCUGGAUGCCCAUGUGGAGCUGCCCCUCCUGGGUGUUGCCGUCGGAGCAGCACUGGCCCUGGCCACUCUGCUCAGCCUGGGCUCCUGUGCUGCCUGCCUGGCGUGCCGCUCACCCAAGCCGGUGCCAGGCCCAGGGCGAGCAGAAGGGAGCAGCCCGCCCAGCCGGUGCUCCCGUUGCAGUGGCUCCGAGCACCCACAGCCCCAGGGCACACGCCUGCCCCGCCAGACCCGGUCCCUGCCGCCUGACCUGCACCUCAGUGACCUCGCACAGGAGGAUGGAGCUUCCCCCAAGGAUGUGGGAGCUGGUGCCAGGGGAGAAGAUAGUGCCCUGCCAGGGCUGGAGAAUUACCUUGUCCUCAACAAGCUUGCUCCCAAUGUCUGGGCGCAUCUACAAAGUGCCCAGCGUAAGCAGCGACGAGAUCUGGCUGUGAGUCGCGGUGCCCAUGGCCAGGUGCCCGGCCCCAGGUACGUACCAGCCCCUGGAGCAGGGCAGCCAAGGGUGCCAGGGAGGCUGUUCUGGGAGGUGGGCGCUGAGCAGCCCUGGCUCUGUGCUACACUGCCUACUGCAGGGCUCAAGAGCUGCGCUGGCAGCCAAAGCAUGUUUUUAUGUAGCCCAUUCACUUUCCCAAUAGACUGUUAUAAUCAAAACGCAUCAAAGCUCUUUAUAGCCAGGCUCUAGUGCUGUGAUUCCUCCCAGGGUAAGGCCAAGCACCAGCCUUGCUUUAGCAGGUUUGUGACUCGCUUGCUGCAUGAUCCUCUCUGCCCCUGCUGCUGUGGCAGAUGGGUGGGCAGGCAGUAAGGCAGGGGCUGGGGAGAGUCGUUCCAACAGCAAUAAACUAAACUCGAGCGUC